AAACAAAUGGUGGGUGUGUUGUGUGGUGCCCGAGCCGUGUGUCUGCAUCUGAACUAAGUGAAUAAUCGUAGAAUAAUCUGAAUAAAAUACAGUAAGUUCAGCAUAAAGUAGACUAAGAUAUAUGAUGACAGCGGUAGUUCCUUGUGCCAUGUAACUGUGAAGUGACUCAAAAACAGUAGUGAGUUAAGUGAAAGGGCGUGUGAGGAGGACAGCCGGUGGGUGUCUCUGGGGGCGCGGCGCGAUCACUGUGAGAGCCUCAGACCCGCCUACCGCCACCAUGCAGGGCAAGACCCUUCCUCCUCCACCCAGGAUGAAGUCUGACCGGAGUGUGGUGUUCUGCCCGAGCGUGACUAUGCUGGAGACUACCAACAUGGACGAAACGGACACCCCUCUGAAAGACGACAACUUUGUCCCCGCCAAAUUCGUCAUCGGUGCUAGCGACGAUGAAUUUGAGGAACCCGAAGUUAAGGAGGCAGUUUUGGCUACACACGUUGUUCCCCCUGAUGGAGGAUGGGGGUGGGUAGUGGUGGCAGCGUCAUUCAUGUGCAAUGUUGUGGUGGACGGCAUCAUCUUUUCCUGUGGUAUGUUGCUGCCCAAAUUCAGGGAGGAGUUUAAUGUGUCUAAUUCUGAAGUAUCGUGGGUCAGCUCGCUUCUUGGAGGCUUCUACCUCAUCGUCGGGCCAUUUGUAUCUGCCUUAGCAAAUGCAUAUGGCUUCCGGACCGUGUGCAUCUUAGGAGCGGUAAUAUCCUCAGUGGCCUUUGGAAUCUCUUCAUUUGCUACUAGUAUUUACUUCCUUCAGUUUACCUUUGGAGUUAUGGGUGGUGUUGGGUUUGGACUAAUAUACGUCCCAGCUGUGAUUGCGACAGGCUUCUAUUUUGAAAAACGUCGUGCCCUGGCAACUGGUAUUGCUGUUUGUGGCUCUGGUAUUGGUACCUUCAUAUUUGCACCGCUGAAUAACUACCUCAUUGCUGCAAUGAACUGGCGGUGGACUCUCGUUGUGUAUGCAGGAAUAACACUAAGUUGUGCAAUAUUUGGGUUGGCAUUCAGACCACUUCAACCCACCACAAAUUCCAGUGACGACUACGAUGAACCCAACGGUACACCGCUGCUCAUGAGGAUUAAGAGAGCUCGAGAUGAUCAGAUGAGACAAUGUGCUUCUGCCCUCUCUAUGGCUUCCACCUACUCCAAGACAAACUUAGAUGAUGCCUUGAAUGAAGUAGACAUGAAGGGAACCGGCAAUGCUGCACAUGCUCGCACACUCCUAGAGCGACACGGUGGCAACAUGCAUAAACGCUACAGUUUUCCAGGCAUUGUGCUCACAGGGCCUGAACCCAUUAAGGAAGAGACAGAGACGCCUCUCAUUGAGUCCGAGGGAAAAGAUGAAAAUGUGAAAGAAGAAUCUGAUAGUCAGGACACUCGAGUACUGGAUGACAACAAAAAUGAAACACUGUUUAAGAACAAGACCAAUGAAAGUGAACAUAACAACAGCACCACCACAACUGCCAACCAUUGCCCACGUAAUAAGAGUGCUCCUGUCCUUGCUCAACCUAAUUUUCACUCUGUUGAACAAAUGCGUCGUCCUUCACGGUUGGCAUUGAGAACAGAGACUGCUCGACCCUUCUACCGUGAAGAUAUUUUCUAUUCAGGCUCUAUGUAUCGACUUCCUCAGUAUCGAAGCUCAGACUCUGUUGAUAAAUACCACCAGUCUGUGACACAGCUCCCUCCCAUGGAGGACAUAGCUGAGGAAGAGGACCGUGGCAGGUGUCAGUGCUGCCCCACAGCACUCACCAGUAUUAUACACAGAAUCUUUGACUUCUCACUCCUGACAUCACCAACCUUUGUGGUGCUUGGUGUGGCAGGCUUCAUGUCCUUAAUGGCCCUGUUUGUGCCAUUUAUGUUUUUGCCAGGGUUUGCAACCAAACAAGGACUAACCGAAGGAUCAAUUGCUACACUGGUGUCAACUAUUGGCAUAACCAACACAAUAGGCAGAAUUCUGUGUGGUUGGGUCUCAGACCACCCCAAGGUGGAUGCCUUGUGGGUAAACAACUUUUCAUUGAUUCUGGGCGGUGGAGCAACUGUGCUGCUGCCUCUCAUUACUGAUGAGUCCCUGCUGCUUGUGUACUCUGUUGCCUUUGGUCUCUCUGUAGCUGCAUUUGCUUCACUGCGUUCCAUUCUACUUGUGGAGCUUCUAGGCUUAGAGAGAUUGACAAAUGCUUUUGGCCUCCUCCUACUUUUCCAAGGCAUUGCUGGGAUAUUUGGAAGUCCUGUGGCAGGUGCAUUUGUUGAUCUGACCAACAACUACGACGUGAGCUUCUACGUGUUUGGUGGACUGUUUGCAUUCUCGGGUAUUGUGUGCAUCCCGCUUCGGUUCAUCAAACGCUGGGAAGACAGCAGAACAAUAAAACUACAAGAAGCAAAAGAUAUUGAACUGAAGGCAUAGUGAUAAUAUUCCAAAUUUAUGGGACACAAACCGAGUGGACUUGGUAAAUUCAAAGUAGUCAGCGUAAGACUUGCAAACUUGAUACAAAGAAGAAAAUUUAUUUAUUCAUAUAAUUAUUUUCUUUUCCUUUAAAAAAACUGAUGUUAUUUACAUGUCAGCUUCAACACAAACUAAUAAAAUUAAUGUUUUACUUUUAACAGACAAUUGAGUUGUUUUUGAAAGUAUGAUUUUUAGAUAUGGCAAUACAGGUACUGUAUUUUACAAUGAGUCAAAAUAAUAUUUCUAUUACUGAAUAUUCGAAAACAGUUCAAGUUGCAAGCCUUAAGAAUGAGAGUACCUAUAAGUUCUCAGGUUUGGGUACUGCUGUACUUCAAAGUUAAAUGCUCACAGAAACAGUUAUUUUGUCAGCACUCUUAAUGGACGACUCCUGUAUUGAGUUACGACAGAACAAAAACUUUUGGACUACCGGUACACAUUGAUUUCAGAUAUAAAGCACAACAAUAGUGAGAUACUGUACAUACAAACUGCACACACAUACUACACACAUGCAUGCAAGAACUCUUUACUAUUUACAUACCGUCUUCACAAUGAAACUGCCUUAAAAAUACUGUACGGUAUAUUCAGAAUAACAUGUGCCAUAAAAAGAUUAAGUGGAUGAAUUCAGAUACAUGUAUAUAUUGUACUGUACAGUAUUUUAAAGUGGGUAAAAACAUUAAAAUAUAAUAUACUCGUAGAUUACUCCUCAAACUCUGGUCACAUAAACUUAUGGUAGAUGAAUUUAGUAAACCAUGAAGGUACUGUAUACCGUGAAUGAAAGGUUAGGUAGUACACUGUAGAAGAAAUAAAAUGUAGCCUUCCCCAUUUUUCCACAGGAAAAAAAACAUAAAAACUACAGAGAACAAAAGCAGUACGGGGGAGGAGAGAAGGAGUACAAACAAAAAUAAAACACUUCUCACUGGCAUGUUUCUGUUGGUCACACGAGCCCUACAGGCUACACGCACACAUUACCACAAAACCUCAAAUCUCUAUUCAACACAAAAAGAUUUACUGUGUCUACACUUGUUUCUUUGUCUCACACACUUUACUCUUGUCCCUCAGGUGCAACAAGGCUGAAUUCUUUUUAUUUUUAUGUUAUCAUCAGGAACCUAAAUGCACUACAGUAUUUGUAUAACAUUUAACACCCAUAAUACCAGUUACUAUUCACUAUAAUGAUUGUGAAUCAAGCUGGAACCCUUUAAGGUCAUGUACACAAAAACUUUAAAUGGUGCUCUAUUAUAUACUGUACUGUACUGUAUUGUACUCAUCCAUCCAUACUGUAUUAUCCAUUAUACAUUACCUUAAAUAUCUUAAAUAAAAAGAUCAUACAUGACAACAUUAAUUCUGUUAAACAAGAGAGACAUGAGACAAUUGUGGUCAUGAGAGAGACAGACAAAUAGUGAACCUUGAUCAAGAUAUGAGGCACAUACAACCAGGGUGGACAAAGAACCACUAAGGUCAAAAUGGAGAAUUAUUCAUAAAAGGAGAGGGAAACCAGCUCUGUAUCCUAAGAAAGACUCGGUUACUCAGAAUGGAAGUGGCAAUAUGGUCGAUUUUGCGAUUAAGUAAAGCUACCCAUGCAUCACUACAUGCAGAGCUGGUAGUGAGGGUGGCGGCAGCACACCGGAGAGAGGAAAGCGCCAUAGACCUCUAUUUUUUUCCUGGAGCUUUGUCCACUCUGGUCGUACUGCCUCAUAUGUAAUGUAUACGUAUAAUAUUUUAGGUUGUGUUUUACAUAGCAAUUACAAAUUUGCAAUUCAUAUUGAAUACAAUACUACUGUUCUGUAACCCAUCUGUAAGUGUUACAGCAAUAGUGUUUACUAGUGGUUCAUAAACUACAUAUUAAUAGUUGCUCACAAUGUGUUUGUUUAUAUAUAUAUAUAUAUAUAUAUAUAUAUAUAUAUAUCAUACUGUACUUAACCUCCACCAAUGAGAGUUGAACCCAAACUCUUUGUGGAAGUCAAGAAUGUUACCCACAUGCCAUCAAGUGCACAAAAAUAUCUGAUCAAAUAGGACACACAGACAUACAUACACCCAACUCACACACACACACACACUUGGAAAUAAACAAAGGUACAGUUAUGUGAAUGGGCAGAAUUAUUUACAUUUGAAAAUAACAGUGAAGAGCAGUGUCAUUUAUGAAGGUCAUAUUCUGUAUACCUGGGAGGAGCAAUGAAUAUGGAAGAUGAUAGUACGGUACGUAAUUGUUGGGAGAUAUAGAGAUGGAUACAAGAAAGAGAGAUGGAUACAAGAAAGAGCAUUAGCAUAGAGAAAAUUAGCGAGUGUUACAUGAGAUAAUGAAUAUGUGUGAUACUGUACUGGACCAACUUGUAGUUACCAUACUGUAUAGUCAAUAGAAGCACGUGCCAUACUAGCAAUACAAACUCAUCCAUAAUUAGCUCUGUGUUGCAAUAAUAAUAUGCCAGAUAUUUAGGUCCUGUAGAAAACUUAUUAAAUGUCUCAUCUAUUUAAUCAUACACAGCAGAUUCUAAACCUGCCUAAAUAAGAAUUGCAGGCAAUCAAUCACAGUGUUGUAGAGACAUUAUAGAAUUUCCAUUAUACAGGUACAGGGUACUCACAAGUCCCUCAAUUUUCGUGUUUACAGAGAUCCACGAGAAAGUCACAGCACACACCCAGAUCUUGUACUGCCAUCAUUUAUUAUUUCACCAGAGAAGUAAGUGCUGUAUACACAAAAAAAUAAUGUACUACACACCUAAGUCAUGAAUGCAUAACUUUCUCAAGGGUUCCUAUAAACACAAACACUUCAAGGAACUAUGAAAACACUCUGUACAUUGGAGAUUUAGUGAACAUUUUUAGACUGGGUAUCUGAUGGCACAUAAAUCAGGUAUACUUUAGUAUUCCAGAUUAAUUUUGCAACAGAAUUGAUGCUUCAGGGUGGAACUGUAAUGCUCACUGAACCAUUACAGUGAGGUAUGGUAAAAGUAUGAAAAUCUAAAUAACACAAUGAAUUAUUGGAGAUAUGAAGUUGCAUUGCAUUUUCGUAUGAGUUCUGGAUUCACUGGAAUAUUUUGGUAUGAAGUACUGUACUGGUAAGGCCUUUUCAAACAUGCAAUACUGUACAUGUACUGUACUACUGUAAGAUCAUGCAGUUAAUAUUACCAGAGAACACGUUACGGCUUACAAGUUCUUAGACUACUGUACUGUAUGUAUCUAAAUUACUUUUAAGAGCUUAACAAUGUCAAAGAUCAAAUAGUAUAUACAGUAUGAAGGUACAGUAUAUACUGUAUAUAUAUUACUAGAAUGACACAGUAGGUGCUUGGAAAACUUUUUUCCGUCACUGAUUACUCAUGUAUUUAAGAAGAAUGCGUAUAUCAAGUGGUGUUAUAAUAUUUAUACUCUCUCUAUGGAAUGAAAAGUCACCUAUCACCACUAUACAGUAUAGUGAAUGUAAUGUAUGGGAAUUCAUAAAUGUGUAUAUAGUACUUAUCUCACUUGCCUGUUUUUUGAAGGACUUAACUACCAUACAUUUUGAGGUCAGGACAAAUGAGGGUAUGUUACCUUACUAGUUUGGGAAUUAACUAUAUACAGUAUAUGAUAUUACUGAACAAUACUGAACACUUUUCUUGAGUUAGUGUCUCUUUGGCAUCGCAGAAAGAUGAUGAAAAGUGUAGUUAUAUAAGAGUUGUUUUAAAUCAAUUCUUCCACCAGUUACAUGAUUUUUUUUUUUUACAAAGGCUUACACUGUGAUAUUUUUCCACAAACAUUAUCAAUGUUUUGCCAUACAAGUAAUAUGACAUGCAAGUUUAUUUUUAGCAUUAUAUAAACUUUAUUUAUUUUUUACAUACUGUUCCUUACAUGUACAGUACCCUGAAUUAUCAUGAAGUAUAUUUAGUCAGGUCACAUGUCGGACCUGAUGAGCAUUAUUUGUACUGUACUGAUGCCACUUUAGCCCCUCAUAUAUACACUACUGUAUAUUUUACUUGCCUGGUGUGUGGGUGAUAAAGCACCACCAAGUACAGUAUUUAAGACAUACAGGAGGUGAAAUUUCUUUUGAAGUUUUUUUUUUUUUUAUUAAAUACAGUUACUUUAUCUUGGUUAACUAUGAAAUGAUCAAGUAUUAAAAAAAAUAUUUUUAAGUAUAUAGCAAAUGCUGUUAAUUCCAUAUUGCACAUAUAACCCAGUUUUUAUUGUAUAUUUAUACUGUUAAGAGCAUGUGAUAUUUAUAUUAUAGAGUUUAGUACCUUUGUUUCUGAUAUCCAUUUGAAUGUUAUUGUUUGCUUAGCAUACUGUACCUGCAGACUAUAAAUGUUCGAAUAUUAUAUCAAGAAGGUAAAUAAUGCCUGAUAAGUUUUACAGUUAUCCGCUGUAACAUUUGCUCCUCUUAGAUUAUAGCUACAACCUCUUCGUGAGGCACAUGUUUUUAGGUACAGUAUAUAUUUUGUCACAAUUUAGCAAGUAAGAGGCCUUACCUGAAUUACUGAACUGGGUCUCUUGUUUCAACUGUGUCCAUCCAGUGCUAGCUAACAUUAGGUUUAAGUAUUUUCUUUAGGGUUUAGUCAAGGUUUGAUAUUGAAUUAUAAAUCAGUUUUAAUGAACUGAUAAAACAAAUAAUUUAUGCAAGUACUGGUACUGUACUUAAACCUUGUAUUGUCACUUGAAAUAUUUUAUUGACGAGUUGAUAUGAAAUAGGAAUAAAAGAGUUUUUUUA